AUGGGAGAGGCAAACCAAACUUGCUGGGUGCAGUUGUACUUUCGUCCAUUUUCUACCGAUUCAGAUGUGCAGGUCCUGAUUUUUGUGGCUUUCCUGGUCAUGUACCUGCUCGGCCUCACUGGUAAUGGUGCCAUAGGACUCACCAUCUGGACCAACUAUUCUCUCUACACCCCUAUGUACUUCUUCCUCGCUAACCUGGCAAUCCUGGAGAUCUUCUACACCACCGCUAUUGCUCCCUUGGCCAUGACCGCUCUCCUGUCGACGGGCAGAACCCCAGUUCCCCUGGCCGGCUGUGGCACACAGAUGUUCUUCUUUGUCUUCUUGGGGGGAGCAGACUGCGUCCUGCUAGCCAUCAUGGCGUACGAUCGGUUUGUAGCCAUCUGUCACCCGUUGCGUUACAGGCUCAUCAUGAGCUGGCGGCUGUGUGUACAGCUCUUGAUAGGAGCCCUGGUGCUCGGAUUUCUGUCGUCCCUGACGCUGACCGCUCUGAUCUUCCAACUUCCAUUCCGCGGCAACAUCGAAAUCAGUCACUUCUACUGCGACGUGCCUGCCGUCAUGAGGCUGGCCCGCGCCGACACGCGCGUCCACGAGACAGCCCUGCACGUCAUAAGUUUCAUGGUCUUGGCGAUCCCCGCCACGCUGAUCUUCAUCUCCUACGUCCCUAUAGGGAUGGUGAUAUUGCGAAUCCGCUCAGCGGAAGGUCGCCGCCGCACGUUCUCCACUUGUUCCUCCCACAUCACCGUGGUCCUCCUGCGGUACGGCUGCACCAGCUUCAUAUACUUAUCCCCCAGUGCCAGUUUCUCACCGGAAACGGGCCGGGGGAUAUCCGUGGUUUACACCUUCAUCACCCCCAUCUUAAACCCAGUGAUAUACAGUAUGAGGAACGAGCUCCUGAAAGAUGCCUUGCAGAAAACACUGAGAAGAUGCUUGUUACCUCAGAGGAAAUGA